ACCCACACUUCUUCCUUCUCCAGCCCCCAAAUAUACCUCCGUGCACUCUCCGACACCCCCAACCGCCCCCCCCGAAGCGCCGGCUCCAUGUACACGUCAUCCGAGGAAACCAGCCGGGCCCGGGCCCGCUCCGGGCCGACCAUGAAGCGGAGCCUUCGUUGGCACGACCUCGUCGGUUUCGGCAUCGGCGGCAUGGUCGGCGCCGGAGUCUUCGUCACCAGCGGCCGCGCCAGCCGCCUCUACGCCGGCCCCGCCGUGGUGCUGUCGUACGCCAUCGCCGGACUCUGCGCACUCCUCUCCGCCUUCUGCUACACGGAGUUCGCCGUGGAAAUGCCAGUCGCCGGCGGCGCCUUCAGCUACAUCCGCGUCACGUUCGGGGAGUUCCUGGCCUUCCUGACCGGCGCGAACCUGAUAAUCGACUACGUGCUGUCGAACGCCGCCGUGGCGAGGGGCUUCACCGCCUACUUGGGCACCGCCCUCGGCCUCUCGACCCGUACCCAUUUAAGAUUCACGAUCCGUACCCUACCCGACGGUUACAACGAAAUGGACUUAAUCGCCGUCGCCGUUAUUCUCCUCCUUACCCUCGUAAUUUGUUACAGUACGAGGGAGAGCUCGUGGUUAAACAUGGUGCUGACGGUGGUCCACAUUCUCUUCAUAGUGUUCGUGAUAGUGGUUGGUUUCUGGAGAGGCGAGUGGAAGAAUUUCACCGAACCGGCAAACCCGAAAAACCCGGGCGGUUUCUUCCCGUUCGGAGUUUCGGGCGUGUUCAACGGAGCCGCAAUGGUGUACCUCAGCUACAUAGGAUACGACGCCGUUUCGACCAUGGCCGAAGAGGUGAAAGAUCCAGAAAAGAAUAUUCCCAUCGGCAUCUCGGGCUCCGUCGUCCUCGUCACCGUCCUCUAUUGCCUCAUGGCCGCCUCAAUGUCCGCUCUCCUCCCCUACGACAUGAUUGAUCCGGAGGCGCCGUUUUCGGGGGCGUUCAAAAACGGGUCGGCGGGGUGGAGGUGGGUGUCGAAUAUAAUCGGAGUUGGGGCUAGUUUCGGUAUUCUGACGUCGCUGCUAGUGGCCAUGUUGGGGCAGGCACGGUACAUGUGCGUGAUAGGGAGAUCUUGUGUGGUCCCCACUUGGUUCGCCAAGGUCAACGCGUCCACGUCAACACCGGUCAACGCCUCCGCCUUCCUUGGAAUAUUCACAGCGGCAAUCGCGCUAUUCACCGAUCUAAACAUCCUACUAAACCUCGUCUCAAUCGGCACACUCUUCGUCUUCUACAUGGUGGCAAACGCCGUUAUCUACCGACGCUACGUAAACCACGGCGCGACAAAUCCAUGGCCCACUCUCUCUUUCCUCUUCUGCUUCUCUCUCACUUCACUCAUCUUCACACUCCUAUGGCAAUUCACUCCGUCCGGCAAAACGAAAGCGUUCAUGCUCGGCUCAUGCAUUAUAGUAGCUAUAUUCGUCGUACAAUUAUUCCAUUUCAUGGUACCUCAAGCCCGGAAGCCCGAGUUUUGGGGUGUCCCACUUAUGCCGUGGAUACCUUCGGUUUCGAUUUUCCUUAAUAUAUUCUUGUUGGGAUCUCUCGAUCGACCUUCGUACGUUCGGUUCGGGUUUUUUUCCGGUCUUACGGUGCUCGUUUACGUUAUGUAUAGCGUGCACUCGAGUUUUGAUGCUGAGAAAAAUGGGAGUCUUGGUGUUAAGGAAUGUGUUGACACCCCGGAAAAUGUUAUUUCUAAAGUAUGAAAUAAUUUUAUUCCCUAGUAAUAACUUUAUAG